UUGGCUACAGUACAGUGUUCAACAUGUACGCUAAGGGGAAGGGCUCAUCGGUGCCCUCCGAUGCGCAAGCCAGGGAAAAAUUGGCGUUAUAUGUGUACGAAUAUCUUCUACACGUUGGUGCCCAAAAAGCAGCACAGACUUUCCUCUCUGAAAUAAGAUGGGAGAAAAAUAUCACUCUAGGGGAGCCGCCCGGGUUCCUCCAUUCGUGGUGGUGUGUGUUCUGGGACCUGUACUGCGCGGCCCCGGAGCGUCGCGACACCUGCGAACACUCCAGUGAGGCCAAGGCCUUCCACGACUACCCUCGUCGGGACCCACUGGGAUUUGUAAAUUCAGGUUACAGCGUCAACGGUAUCGCUCACAAUGCUGGGCCCACACCUUCGCCUCUCGGCCAGAUGCCUCCCAGUGAUGGCAUGGGUCCAGCCGGUCCUAUGCCCCCGGGCUUUUUUCCGACGCCGGGCAUGAGACCAUCCCCAGGUCCCAACCCCUCUCAGGCCUCCCCCCACCCCCCAGGGGGGCCGGGAGGCCCAGGAGGGCCGGGGGGGAGCCCCAUGCACAUGAAUCCGCAGCCUUUCAUGUCACCCCGAUAUCCAGGUGGGCCUCGGCCGGGGGUAAGAAUGCCUCAGAUGCACAGUGACUUCACUGGGCCUCCAGCGCAACCUAUAAUGCCCAACAGUAUGGAUCCCACUCGUCAAGGAGAUGGAGACUUUGUUGGGUGGCAAGGUCCUCCUGGAAUGAAUCCACGAAUGACUGGUCCACGAGGGCCAGCCAUGGGCCCAGGACCUGGCAUGGGGCCCAUGGGUCCUGCAGCAUAUGGUCCAGGCAUGAGAGGACCACCACCUAACAGUAUCGGUCCUGGACCUGGUGGACCAGGAGGCCCAGGACCAGGGGGUCCUGGGCCAGGUAUGCCAGCAAUGAGCAUGGGAGGACCAGGCCCUAGACAACCAUGGACGCCAAACACAUCAACCCCAAUGAGUUACUCAUCAUCCUCGCCUGGAACCUACGGUGGCAUGAUGGGUCCGCCUGGCACUGGAGGUCCCCCUGGUCCUGGCACUCCCAUCAUGCCCAGUCCUCAAGGGUCGAGUGGAGCUUUCUCUCCCGCCCGCCUGCCUCCCACUCCGCGGCCAGACACAACCAGUAGUGGGGCCGAUGCCAUGUUUCCUAUGAUGAAGCCAGUACCUGGAGGAGGCAUGCCAGGGGAUUUCCCUCUGAGUAGUGGUCCAGAUGGACCCAUGGGUGGGCCAAUGGGGCCUAACACUAUGGGCCCUGUCAUGAAUGGUGAUGGCCUAGAUGGUAUGAAGAAUUCUCCUGCUAAUGGUCCAGGCACGCCGCGGGACGAUGGGGGUGGUAUGGGGGACUACAAUUUAGGAAGCUUCGGGGGCCCACCGGAGAGUGACUUAAACAGCCGUGAAAGCACCUUAGGCAUCAUUUGAAAGCAGGCGUGACAAUGGUUGCGUGAGGACCAAGUUUAGAGUGCGACUUGACCAGAAUGAGUCUGCUGCCAUCCUAAAGAUCAAGGAAACUAUGCAAGAAGAAGCAAAGAGAUUCGAAAAGGACGUUCCACCGGAUCAUCCAGACUACUUUAUGCCGUGACGUGACCCUUUCCCAUCCCCACUUUACCCUGUGAAAUAGCUCUCUGCUCCCACUGAAACUGACAUGGCAUUAGUCUGGGGCUGACAUUCCUCUCAUCCCUAGCUGCUGAAGACUUGCAUAGCUCAGUUAUGAGGGCAAUGUGCGAGUGCUGUCAAGACUAUGGCCUCACAGUAACACUACGCCACAACUUUACAGUGAUGUGAUUCUGUGUGCGGUGGAGUGACGAUGGGACAACGGGUCCUAAACAGACUUUUGAGGAACUGGUGAAUCAGCCCUCAAUACAACUCUUAAGUGAAUCAAAACUUAAAAGCUCCACUAAUGGAGUGCUAUCCUACAGUGAAAUUUGAAAUGUGAUUAGAAACACUAGUGAUUUCCUUUACAAAGUCGGAAAGGCAGAAUGAGCACUUGGAGGAAAUGGGUAAAUGUUUGACUUCUUGCAUAGACCAAACCUGAGAGAAGUGGAAAACUGGCUCUGAUUUCUGCUGUUUGAUGAUAAGUCUGUUGUGUCAUUCAUUGUGCUUUCUAUGUGAAUCUUGUAGGAAACAAAAUUACUGUUAAUAUUAUUUGAUAUGUUUUCUGAAUUUCAUUAAUUUUAAAAACCCAAGAUCCAUAACCUCAACAGCAGUGUCAGGAGACUAGGGCAGCCAGGGUAAGAUGGAGAUGUAGAUAUUUUCAUAAACCGUCAUUGCUCACGGGUGGUGUCCGCUCGCCUCAACAGGACAACCAGUGCUGCCUGUCUCCUGGCGGAACCUUUCCAGGAAUGCCCACAGUUUUCUCAUUUCCAUGAGAACACUACUCUCUCAGUCCCAGGCACCAGCAGUCCCCACACUACUUCCAACAUCACCCUGGGAUGUGCCCCUGGGAUGGAUUGGAAAUAUCCCCAGGGUGUUGGCCCAGAGCCAGCUGGAACCUACUCACCUAGGGCCUGGCACCCAUGUACAAAUCCCCCCAGCCUGGGACCUCUGGGACCUGGCACGUGAUCUGCCCUCCACAUGUGCGAAAGACAGAAAUGUCUGUUCUCACUAGUAUUACUCAGACUAUUCUGGCCUCAGGCCCAACUCAUGUAAUAUCAGAUGGGAAGUCUUUUAUUCAGACUACUUUGUGUUAGCUUAUCUACCAGACAAAGUGAUGACCUGUCUCUAUUCUGUACAGAUCUAUCCAAGUGUUGUAGAUGUAGAAAUAAUUUAUUAUUUGUCAUGUCCAAAUCUAUCACUUUUAUCUUUCUUCUAGACUCCCUAUGUUAAACUGUUUUAAUCACAAUGACCACCCCCCCACCCCUCUGUCCAUGACCCAACACUACCAUUUUUACCUUUUCUCUCACCACCACUAUCACCACCACCUCACCACCACUACCACCACCACAACCUCACCUCACCACCUCACCACCACACCACCACCACCAUAAGAGAAGUACGAACACAAAACCUUUGGUCUAGCAGUAUGGUUUACGUUACUGCUGUCCAUUCAACCAGCGCCAAAUGUAAAUCACUGAUAACUUUUGCCCAAGGUACACCACCACCUCCAGAACAUCGUCACACUGGGGGUUGACCUGGUAUUACAUUCUAGGUUCAAAGCAUUUUAUAUAUUUGAUUUAGGUGAUCCAUAAUAAUGACAACUUAUCAUAUCCAUCCUCCUCACAUUGCACAAAUGAGAAACUCUUGUCUUCAGUUGUUUUAGACUGCUAUAUGUACCUUCUGUUUGAACUAAUUGUUCCUGUCUAUGGAAUAUCUUUACACAAAAUUUUGUAAGCUACAUGUCACAAAUGAAUAAGAUUUAAAUGGAUUACUUUUUUACCAUUCUCCCUCUGUAGCAAAUACCUUAAUUAGGAAAAUAAAAAUAAAAAAGGGAUGUUCUUGAAGAUUGAAGUACAUACAGUUUUAAAGUAACAGUUGUAAGACGACUCAUCAUUGCUUCUAAAUAUCCUAAUUUCAUAGAUCUGAAAUAUAUUACACGUAACCUGACUGAAAUUGUCAAAUACAGUACAAUAAUUCAACAAUGGAUCAGAUUUUAGAUUUCUCAGUGGAAAUUGUUAAAAAAUAAGGGAAAAAUGUCAUAACUGCAUCAAUCAUUACACAAACAUAUAUGUACUUCAUCUUUAUAAGAACCGUUACCUCACAUCAGGGAAAUACUAGAACCUUAUACCCAAUAGGUGUCAGAUGAAAUGGUUAUUUCUGAUACUAAGGAAUGGACUUGGUGAAACCCUGAGUGUGUGUUGCUCUGGUGGUGUGGUUGCUUGGCCCAGUUUGUCUGUUUUGACCAAGACCCCUUGUACAGUAGAAAAUAGCAAAUAUAUUAUGUGUAGCAAUUUUCAAUAAAAUGGCUAAGGCAAUAAGACAAUUACCAUUAGAAUUAUCCCUCUCACAUUUAUACCUGUAGUUUAUAUGAUACACAUGUACAGUAAAACAAUUCUUAUUAUGAGGGAAAGGUCUGAUCCAAAUAAAUACGAGACCAAU